AUGACGCAAUACAAAACAAUUUCGACUAUUGCAUCAGCCUUGACUUCAAAACCAGUAGAUGACGACAGCAACGAAACUUUCUUCAAAUGUGACGAAAUCCCGUUAAAAGGGAAAACGGAAGAUGAAUCACGCGAAUUGACAAAUUUCUCAAGCAACCAUUACGAAAUUUGGUACCCAAAACCAGUCGAAUGUCAAGCGACGGAAACUUCCCAUUCGGAUUUACUGAGCGGCGUCUACGAAGGAGGCCUAAAAAUCUGGGAAUGCACACAAGAUUUGGCGGAUUUCUUGACCAAAAGUGACGAUGACACGGAAAAAACUUUACUAGCCGACUUUGAGGGGAAACGAAUUUUGGAUUUGGGAUGCGGCGUUGGCGUUUUGGGGGUUUUGGCGAUGACUCAUAACGCGAAAUGCGUGACGUUUCAGGAUUAUAACAAAGAGGUCAUCGAGACAACGACAAUCUCUACGAUUUUGUGUAACAAGAGCAUCUACGAAGAAAUGGAUUUGAAUAAUGUUAAUCUCUUUUCCGGCGAUUGGGACAGCUUCGUAGACGUGAUGAAAGAAAAGCAUGCGGGCACGAAAUUUGAUUAUAUUUUAACAUCGGAGACGAUUUAUAAUGAGAAAUAUUACAAAAAACUGCUGAAUGUGUUCCGAGAGCUGUUAGCGGAUGACGGAACGGUAUUUUUGGCUGCGAAAACGAUUUAUUUUGGAGUUGGCGGAGGCAUGAGAUCCUUCGAAAAGGCCUUGACAGACACAAAAGAGUUCAAAUCUGACGUUGUGUGGAAAUCUGAGGUCGGAGUUUUACGAGAAAUAUUAAAAAUUAAUAAAAUUUCUUCAUGA